AUGGCUCAUUGGAGAGUAAAGAAAUUGCUGAAAAGAUCAAUCUCAGCAAUCUCAAAAUUCAGAGGAAUUUGCUUUUAUGCUGUAACUUCUUUUGUUGCCAUUUUUUUGUUUGUGCUGAUGGUGGUUGCACAUCCUUUUGUGCUCUUAUUUGAUAAGUAUCGUCGUAAAGCACAACACCUCAUUGCUAAAGUCUGGCACUUGACUAUUUCUCCGUUUUUGAAGAUUGAAUUCGAGGGUUUGCAUAAUCUUCCUGCCAAGGAUGCUCCUGCUGUAUAUGUGUCCAAUCAUCAGAGUUUUUUAGACAUAUAUACUCUGCUUACUCUUGGGAAAAGCUUCAAAUUUAUAAGCAAAACUUCUAUUUUUCUCUUUCCCAUUAUUGGAUGGGCAAUGUAUUUCCUGGGCACUAUUCCUUUGAAGCGCUUGGACAGCAGAAGUCAACUGGAUUGUCUUAAGAGAUGCAUGGAUCUUGUUAAGAAAGGAGCAUCUGUUUUCUUCUUUCCUGAGGGAACUCGGAGUAAGGACGGGAAAUUAGGCACUUUUAAGGUGAGCUGCAUUUUAGAAAUUUCUGCUGCUUCUAUAGAAAAGCACAAUACUAUAAGCAUCCCUUUUAGAGAUUCUGGUCAUGUUGAUUGUGGAAUGAUAUAUUUGCAUUUAGAUAGAUGAGGUACUUUGCUUCUUUAAUUAGUAAUAGUGAGUAAUGUU